CUUACCUACAAAUGGAUUCUCCAUUUUCUGCCCAUGAUCACUUUCAAUCGACAAGAUCAGCAAGAUUCGAUUCUGACUUAUUAAAUAGACAAGAGCAUGGGCCCUCUCCCUUUGCUUCGAUGGGAUACUUGAGCUUAUCAAAGAUAUACUGCUUAUGAGAUUAUCCCAAGCCCACUGAUAUGUUCUGGCUGCCUGAGAAAAUACAUACUUUCCCUAAUGACAUGAAACAUGAAAUUGAAAAUUCCAUCCCACUGCUCGACCCUGAACUUGCUAACUGCAACUUAGAUUUGCAGUCCAUGACCAAAGAAGACAUCUACUUCGAACUGCUCAAAAGGUACCAAUACCAGACUCUGUACCACUUCGAUACAAAGAAGCAACGUGAAGUGCCUCUGUAUAAAUGUGGAGAGCCUGGUUGUGACAAAGUCAUGCAGAAACCCUGGAACCUCCUAGACCACGUCAGAAUGCAUGCAGGAGUCAAGCCAUAUAUGUGCAAGUGGUGUGGUAACCGCUUCACCCAGAAAGGCAACUUAAAGAAGCAUGUAAGACAGCACAUCAGGCCAGAUGUCAACGACCGCAAGAGAUACAACUGCAGAUACUGCUCGAAAGGAUACACAGAGAGAUAUAACCUCAAGACCCACAUGAAGAAAUGGCACCCAGACAAGAAAGAUAGCUGUAGUCUCAUAUCUUAAUCAAAGUUGAACAAAUUUAGGAUAAGAGAUCUUGAAGCAGGUAGGAUGUCUGCACCUAGGCUUUAAAAAGCUUAUUUAAGAUUCAGGAUAUAAUAACUAAAUUUGUCUCAAAUAAUUCUUCAUCAAACCCCUCCAUCAUCUUCUUCACCUAAAUCUAUGUAAAAACUUGAGUAACCUCCAGUUCAUCGAACCCAUGAAUUUUCAUCAGAAUCUUUCUCCAAAUGUUUCAUUUUAUCCAAAAUUGCUUGAAAAUGUCGGUUUGGGUAUAUCCAGUUAUGGAUGCUCUUCUCGGACCUGGAGUAAUCUGCUUACAAUC